AUGGACGGCAACCGCUUUGAGGGCUGGUUCAAUGACAUUCUGCAGAAGUUGCCAGCUGGUAGCGUCAUUGUUUUAGACAAUGCACCUUACCAUAGCCGGCGAGAAGAGAAAUUGCCGACGACAAUAUGGAAGGAGGAAAAGAUACACGAGUGGCUCACAAGCAAGAACAUCACCUACGGUGAAAGGAUGAUAAAGCAGCAGCUGCUUGAACUGGUGGCAUCUGUAAAGUCACGCUUUCUGAGCUACAUCGUAGACAACACAGCUGUAAGGGCCGGUUGCAUUGUACUCAGGCUUCCGCCGUACCACUGCGAAUUUAACUCCAUUGAGCUUGUGUGGGCCAAGGUCAAAAAUGGCAUCGCUGCGGACAACAGAGACUUCAAGCUGUCCACGGUGGACGCCAUCUUGAGGGAAAAAAUCAAGCAGGUAACGGCGGAAGACUGGAGGAAGAGCAUUCAGCGCGUGAUGGACUUGGAGGCAAAGUUCAGACUUGACACGCCAGGGAGUGAGCACAUUCAACCCAUCAUCACCCAGCUGGGUGAAGAUGACAAUGAAGGAAUCGACUGCGACUGCGAGCUGUCUGGCAUUGAGCCACUCGACGAAGCAUAA